AUGGAAGAAGGAAAACACGAUGUGGAAGCAGUCGAGAAUGCCGAACAAAACCCAAAGAACCGCGAAGAAGGCGAACCGGCGCCGACGGCAGAAGAAGAGGCUCGAGUGAUUCGAAAGCUGGAUGGGAGGUUGAUGCCCAUGAUCUUCAUCAUCUACAUGUUGUCUGUUCUCGACCGCAGCAAUCUAGGAAAUGCGUACAUUGCUGGACUAAAAGAUAGUAUCGACCUCUCGGGCACACGUUACGCAAUGCUCGGUACUGUCUUCUACAUCUCGUAUAUUGUAUUUCAAGGUGCAGCAGUUGGUUGGAAGCACUUUCCAGCUCACAUCUGGGUUGCCUGUGUCGUUUUCUCAUGGGGCGCAAUAUCAAGCCUCCAGGCUGCGGCGCAGAGCUACGGCGGUCUCAUUGCUCUUCGGGUGUUGCUGGGGGCAGGAGAGGCGUGCUAUGCCGGUGUACCGGUUUACCUCUCCUUUUUCUACCCUCGCGACAGGGUGGGCUUUCGGCAGGGCAUAUUUCUCAGUGGCUCUGCUCUUGCCAACGCCUAUGGAGGCGCUCUUGGCUAUGCGAUUUUGCUCAUUAGAAGUCAUAUCGAGUCGUGGCGGAUCCUGUUCCUGAUCGAAGGUCUGCCUACGCUUAUAAUGGCUGUCGUGGCGUUCUUCUUCUUCCCAGAUGAUAUCCGCAGCGCGACCUUUCUCAACGAGCGGGAGAAGUUCGUUUGUAUGCACAUGGUCAAGCGCGACCAAGUAGCUGAUACAGAGAAUCAUACCGGGCUGCGUAUCAAGGACUUUCUCGCCGCAUUCAAGGAUUGGAGAAGCUACCUGCCUGGCCUCAUGUACUUCGGCUGCAACGUCUCCUUCGCCUCGUUGCCUCUCUUUGUGCCGACCAUCAUCGCCGAAAUAGGGACCUUUUCACGCCUGCAGGCCAAUGGGCUCUCCGCGCCACCUUACCUUCUGACAUUCAGUAUAAUCAUCAUCAUCGCCUUCACAUCGGACCGCGUGCGUAUGCGCGGCCCCUUCGUCGUCGCCUUCGGCAUCAUCAGCGCCAUCGGCUUCCUGCUACUCGCUACGACCGAGGCGGCCGCCCCGCGGUAUCUCGGUGUCUAUUUCGCCAUCACCAUCUUCGUUUGCGUCGCGGUCCUGAUCCCCUGGUGCUCCAACACGCACGCGACGGAGUCGAAGAGGGCUGGUGGCUGGGCAAUUUUCGCCAUCAUGGGCCAGUGUGGGCCCGUGCUGGGCACGAAUCUGUUCCCGGCGAGCGAGGGGCCCUAUUACCGCAAGGGUAGUUGGAUCUCAUUUGCUUUUUGUCUGUUAGUUGCAGUCUGCGCCGCGGUGUUUAGUGGGCUGCUCUGGCGAGAGAAUAAGAAACUGGACCGAAUCUUUGACGGUGAGAAUGAGGCGACAGUAAGGGAUGAAAGAAGAGUCCCCAGAGGUUUUAGAUAUAUCAUAUAG